AUGGCACGCUCCUGUGGGGGAUUCCAAUUCCCUGAACUCCAAGUUCAGUACUCUGGCAAUAAUCUAAGUCAUGUCACGCUUGAUCACACUUGCAAGGAUAAAAAAAUUGCCAAGAGCCUAUUACUUAGGUGCUCUUCAGUUAAUCAGCAACCAGCAUCCUAG